GCUGGAAAGAGUAGAGCAUCGCAAGGUGCACACACACACAUACUUAAACACACACACACUCACACAAAAUAUCCACACACACACACAUGCGCAUCCUCAUCCAGCUGAGGACUUUAUCUGUGGUACCGGAAAGAAGACCUCAGUCCAAGGAGGAGAACAAACAAGGAGCAACACUAAAGAGGAACUUUUAAAAGGUGGAUUCUUAAAAAUUUCAUGAUUUCAAGGAUCGGACUAACAGAAUCAAACAAAAGGACUCAAGAUGACAACUGGAGGAAGUUUGACCAGCCUGUUGCUGUAGGAAAGGCCUGCUGUCAGCCCAAAGUGGAGAUUGGUGAUCAUCUGUGACAUCUAUAGAGGAUUUGCUGCAAGUGCCAUUUCCCUCCCUUCUCUCCAGGACUCCCACCCUCUUGUCAUCCCUCCACUGGGACAUCUCCCCAUCAUCAGCAUGCCUGCAGCUUGCACAAGGUGCACCUUGGGAGUCUGACCCACCAUGUGCAGAUGGACGCCGUCCGUAGCUCAUCUCUGUCCUGAACCUGCCCUCGCCACCGCCACCGCCGCCGCCGCUGCAGCCUCCGCCGGGCGACCUCUCCCCUUACCCAGUGCAGCCUCCCUUUGCCUGGCAUGCUUCAGCCUGCUCCUGGUCACUGCUGGCACCGCCACGGGGGCCUGUCCUCCUGGGGUUGGACAUGAACCCCUACAGGUGCUGGCGAGCGGCAUCAACUGUUCAUGGACGUUGGAAAGGCACACUCGCAGUUACAAUCACCUAGAGGGCGACGUCCGGCUACGGCGGCUUUACUCCGCCAACAAGUUCUUCCUCUGUAUUGAUAAAACAGGCAAGGUGGACGGCACUCGGCGGAAAAACUACGCUGACAGCCUGAUGGAAAUCCGAUCUGUCAGUGUGGGAGUUGUUGCCAUCAAAUCUGUCAGCACCGGGCUGUACUUAGCUAUGUCCAAGAAAGGCACGCUCUUUGGAUCGGUGAAGUACAACCCGAGCUGCAAGUUCAAGGAGCGCAUCGAGGAGAACGGCUACAACACGUACGCCUCGCUGCGCUGGAAGCACGGCGGCAGGCAAAUGUUUGUUUCGUUGAACGGCCGGGGGAAGCCGCGGCGAGGCCACAAGGCUCGACGAAGACACCCGUCCACUCAUUUCCUGCCCAUGCUCCCCUCCUAGCUGCACCAGUCUGAACUCUGCCCGGCAACCGGCUGGCUCCGCCCCCUUUACACUAGUGUUGAUCUCGCCGUGACGGCAAUCUUUAUUUUUAUUACUCCAUCCUCCUGUCACAUAAAUGUACAUUUUGUUGAGGGUUGUAACAUUUGUAGAGUUAGUAUAAUAUGUACUUUUAAGUUAUUUUCUCCAUUUUCUAAUAAUGUUCAGUAAUACGGUAAAUAUACAGUAGAGUUAUACUAUCUCCAGGCAUCUGUCUGGCUACAGUAUUUGUCUGAACUGCAUGUAAAACGGUGUUUGGGUGACUUUAAGAGGACUAAAAAAGGGACGGAAACAACUUAAUGUGGCUCACUGGUUUGUUAUUUAGCCUAUUUUAGAUGCUCAGAAUAAGAGAAGAAGCAUCUGGUACAGCAAAAGUGAUAUUUUUAUUUUAAGCAUCUCUGUAACACUUUACAAUAACCAACUAAUUGGUGUUUAUAGAUGGUUUAUAAACCAAUUAUUAACCAUUUACAAAGUGCUAUACAUAUUUAAUCUUUAAAUGUUUUAAACCAAUUUCUUAAAGGUAUAUGAAUCAUUUCAUAAUCAUUAACAUACUUACACUGUAAGAAAUAUUUGUAGAAGUUACAGUAAAACUGUCAAAUUGCAUCAGAAAUAGGGAGUAAAAUAAAAAAAUACAUAUCACCAUAAUAGACACUUUCAAUUACUGUGAAUCAAGAAAUAGUACAAAACUUUUGAAAACACACAGUUUUACUGUAAAAAUAUAAAAAAAUUAAUUUAAAAUUGAUGGAGAAAAACCAUAUUGCCACAAGGACACAAUUACCCUUAAAAAUAAAGAAAAUAAUGUUUUAAAAUAUGUCUUACAUUUUUUUGCUGGUAUUUACAUUUAAAUUUACAGUAGAAAACUCUUCACUUUUAA